AUGAGUUUGCUGGCAUCCCCUCACCCACGAGGAUAUCAAUAUGAGGACGUGCUCAAUGUCGCGUCGUCAAAUCUCACCGUCACAACUCGAACGGGCACCUUUGUCGGCGACCUGAACGACACGUUUCCUGAUGUCAGACAGUUCAAAUACAUCCCAUAUGCAAAGCCACCCACUGGCAGUCGUCGGUGGGCACCCCCGUCGCCGUUGGACUCAUCGUCCGAGAUCAUCGAUUCGACCGUCUUCGGUCCAGCAUGUGCGCAGUAUGUCUCUGCCAUUCCGACUGCAUGGGCCCUCAACAUUACGGGCAAUCUUGUCGUCAACUACGGAGAGUCUCUCCUCGCCGGACAACUGGCCCAGAACUCAGCCGAGGACUGCCUUUCGCUCGCCAUAUGGACGCCCGCCAAUGCAACGGCCGAGUCGAGAUUACCUGUCCUGCACUUCCUGACCGGUGGAGGCGACGUAACGGGCGGCGUGAACAUUCCCACGCAGCUCCCGCCGAGCCUAGUCAGCCGCUCUCAGGAGGCAGGCGGCAUGAUCGUCGUCACGACCAACUAUCGCGUCAAUGUCUUCUCGUUUCCUAAUGCCAAAGGACUCGAAAACUCGACCAACUUUGGGCUGCAGGACCAGCGUCUGGCCGUAGAGUGGGUGUACGAAAAUAUUGGCGCUUUCGGUGGUGACCCGAGCAAGAUCACCCUUUGGGGCCAGUCAGCUGGUGCGAGUGCGGCUGAUAUGUAUCUCUUUGCCUAUCCUGACAACCCGCUUGUGAGGGCAUCUAUCUCCAGCUCAGGCUUUACCAUCGGCCACGCGCUCAAUUCGGAUUACUCGGGCUCCAACUUCUCCUUUGUAGCCAAAAAUUUGGGCUGCGACUUUGACGACGCGCAAACAGAGCUGGAGUGUAUGAGGCAUGUCCCCUAUCCACGGAUCGAGAACUUUAUUGGCAACUAUCAGGACAAUUCGACACUGGUGAACACCUCUCAGCCAGCCAUAUCCUUCACUCGCCGCCCCGAUGACAAAUUUGUUCUGAGUGACUACCCAGCAGCAUACGCUGCCAACCGUAUCGCUCCGCUUCCCAAACUCAUAGGCACUACGGCACGCGAGGCCUCCGCCCUCGUAGCAUAUCCCAUCCACAAUUACACAGCCGGCCCCUCAGAGCAGGCCAUCACCACCGCGACGCUGUCCACCGUUUGUGGCGCGCACAACACCUCCGUGUUUCGCAACAAUCUUUACCAGAAUGGGACAGGACUGAGUCCCAACCUCAAAACGUGGCGGUACCAGUGGGCUGGCAACUUCUCCAAUAUUGACGGUGGAGUGCCCUGGCUGGGCGCAUAUCAUUAUAGUGAUCUUUACAUGCUCUUCGGCACGUGGCCCAUCGCGCCAGGGGAGGUAAGCCAGUUCGAGGUGGAGACCUGUCAGAAGAUGCAGGAUUUGCUUGUGGCGUUCGUCAAGGACCCAGACAACGGCCUGAGCGACUUGGGUUGGCCGACGUAUGAGACGAGUGACGAGGAUGGGGGUACUGCUGCGAGGUUUGGCGCAGAUGGACAGGUGCUGCAGUAUGAGCCACCAAAAGGGCCAUUAUCACAAUACAUACAGCAUGCGUAA